UCACAGCCAGAGAGUUUUGUAUCACUCAUUGAGCCACCAAGAAUAAUGGAGCUUCAAGAAGUAAUUCACCUCAUUUUGUCUGCAUUCUAUCUCUUAAUUGUUAGCUUCUCUUCAUGUUCAUUAUCAGUACCUGAAGGAGACAGACUUCCUUACAUGACUUCUGAUAUCCGAGAAGCAUCUGGUAAAUCUUUUGACUACAUAAUUGUAGGAGGAGGUGCCAGUGGUUGCCCCCUAGCUGCCACCUUGUCUGAGAGAUUCUCAGUGCUCUUAGUAGAGAGAGGUGGAUCACCUUAUGGGGAUCCAUUCAUUUUAGAGAAAAAGAACUAUGGGCUCUCAUUGAUCCAAACUGAUGAGUACUCAUCAGUUGCACAGAGAUUUGUCUCAGAAGAGGGAGUUGCAAAUCUUAGAGGAAGAGUCUUGGGGGGAUCAACAGCAAUCAAUGGUGGGUUUUAUAGUAGAGCUAGUGAGAGUUACAUCAAGAGAGUUGGGUGGGAUGAGAAGCUAGUGAGAGAUGCUUAUGAGUGGGUGGAGUCUAAGGUGGUCUUUAAACCAGAGUUGAGCCUAUGGCAGUCAUUUGUGAUAGAUGGCUUUGUUGAGGCUGGAAUCCUACCUUUCAACGGUUUUAGCUUGAAGCAUGUUGGGGGGACAAAAGUGGGUGGGAGCACAUUCGAUGAAUACGGAAGAAGGCAUACCUCUGCUGAUCUCUUAGCGGCUGGAAACUGGAAGAGACUCACAGUUCUUCUGAAUGCAACUGUCAAAAAUGUCAUCUUCCAACGCAGUGGUGAUGGAGGCAAACCCAGAGCUCAGGGCAUACGUUUUAUUAACAGUGACAGCAAGACAAACUGUAGCUACAAAGCUUACCUCAACUAUGAUCCAAUCUCCAGGCCAUGGGGUGAUGUUAUAUUGUCAGCAGGAACAUUAAGUAGUCCACAAAUACUCAUGUUAAGUGGCAUUGGACCCAGAGAUCACCUUAAAAACUUCAAGAUAUAUCCUCUUGUUGAUGCUAACAUGGUCGGCAAAGGUGUUACCGAUAACCCCUGUAUUGCUCUUGCUAUAGACUCUGAGAUAAGCCUACCUCCAGAUCCACCUCAAGUAGUGGGUAUAGCAAAUGGGUAUCAAAUCAUAGUUCAAUCUUUAAUCCUACCCAUAAGCUUCAAAGAAACAAGAGUAUUUGUUGUAGCCAAACUUUCGUUCCCAUUGUCAAGAGGAACACUAGAGUUAAAAACUACCGAUCCUAGGCAAAAUCCUUCAGUAAAAUUUAACUAUCUAGUAGAGAAAAGGGACAUGCAUGAGUGUGUGAAGAUGGCUCGUUUGGUCGAGAGAGUUGCAGGGUCCAAAGCAAUGAAAUGGUUUGAGAGAACUCAUAACAAUGAAACUCUGAUGUCUACUAAUGAGAAGCUGAGAGAAUUUUGCGGGAUGAACGUGAGGACAUACUAUCAUUAUUUUGGUGGGUGCAGUGUUGGGUCUGUUGUUGAUAAGGAUUACAAAGUAUAUGGCGUUGAUGGAUUGAGGGUCAUAGAUGGCUCUACAUUGGUUGAUUCACCUGGUACAAAUCCGAUGGCAACUCUGUUACUGCUUGGCAGGUACCAAGGAAUUAAGAUACUGCAAGAGAGGGUGGAUGAUUUGGUGAACUCGAUACCAGAUUCUCAUUACUAACAUCUAACCCAUCAUUACCCCUAGGUUGCUUCUCUCUCUGUACUCUGUAAAUGACUGAAAUUAUGUAAAGAAAUAUUUCUUUUUUGAUUGUAAGAGAAGUCUUUUCCUUUCCUUGUUGGGUGUGGGCGUGUCUCUCUGUGUCUUCUUUCUGUUUGUUUUCUUGACCUUCUUUUUAGUCGGUCUUUGUAGCAAUCUUUACUGGUGGCUGGAAUUCACAGUUUACUAACUAGCCAAUGGUUUUACUAUUGAUCUCUUCCAAGAUCCACUAAGAGGCAGUUUCAGUAUUUUCUGUGUCA